AUGGGUUUUUUUUUUUGUGUUAAGACAGCGGUGGUUGAUAUUGGAUCCUCGGCAGAUUGGGUUAAGAUCAAUGUGCAGAAAACUAAAGAUUUUUUUGAGGUAUAUGCUUUAGUUCCAGGCCUUCUUUGUGAGGAGGUGCGUGUUCAAUCUGAUCCUGCAGGACGCCUUGUAAUAAGCUGUGAACCUGAGCAUCCGGAUAAUCCUUGGGGUGUCACACCGUUCAAAAAGGUUGUCAGCUUACCGUCGAGGAUUGAUCCGCAUCAAACAUCAGCGGUCGUAACCUUUCAUGGACAAUAAAAGUAACUUCAAAAUUUGAGCA